AGCAACUUCAGCUGUUUUACUUCUCGUUCAUAUGUUUGGAAUUCUGAGGCAAAAAAUCAGUUGAAUUAUUAUCAUGAAAUCUGCCUGUAUUAGGGCAGUUUGAACUAAUAAAACCAUCUGGUGUUCUCAUGGAAUUCAAGUAACCUAUGUCUAAACACACCCCUACCCACCCACACUCCCCCCGGUUUCUUUCCAAGUAACACUUCAGUUCAAAAUUAUUUUAGAUCAUUUUGGGCUUUGUCUUCAAUGCCAAAUUAAAGUGUGUUGACCACGGAACAACUAAGAGAUGUUAGCUGUCCCACUGUAAAACCCAAGUGGUGACAAAACACUGUUUUGACUGUAAGGUAGCUAGGCAAAGUGAUCUUGCCUGGGUACCUUGCAGUAGAAAUGACAGUGGAUUGUCUCCACUGGGGUUUUAAACUGGGAUAGUUAACAAAUGUCAGUUAUCCUGCUGUAGCUGAAACCCAUCCUUUUUGCAGUGAAGACAGCCUUGGAGAACAGGUUGAGCCAGUAGCACUUUAUCUGUUGCUCUGACCUGUUUGCAGUAGUGGUUUCUGUAUGUGUGAGUGUCAAGGUCUCAAGAAGAAAACACCCAGAGCUUUUCUGAGAAUUUAAGUUUUUGCUCACUGAAAGAUCUAAGUACUUUAUGUCCUAACUCCCAAAGCUGCUGUUGUGAAGUUUUCCUCUGUCUCAUAAAAAUACAGCUCUCACGUAGUAUUUUUUUUCCUUUUAAGGAUAGAAGAUUUUGCAAGCUGUUUAGUAGCUUGAAAACUCUCUUAUUUGCAUUGCACUGACCUAAUGUUAUAAAUGAUUUGCAUGUGACACGGACUCACACGUUGUAAAGGGCCAAAUUGAGCAUGGGUAUAAGUGGAUGCAACUCCACUGACAUGAAAGAAGAUGCAACUCAAUUGACCAGAACAGAAUUUAGUUGUAUGUGUGUGUUUAUGCUCACAUGCAUUCCUUGUGGAGCUUCAUAGUGCCUGUUUUUUAUAACAAUGUAGUCAACCAGAAUUUCAGCAUAUACUAGGUAGACUUCAUUUUGUGAAACCUGGCUUGAAGCUCAUGCCACAUUCAAAAUAUUGUCUAAAAUGUAUAUCCAAACACUAGCAGAGGUGUUUAGGUCUUUUAUUGCUGCUAUUCAAAUUGUGGUUUUAUUAUUUAUUAUUCCUGGAGUAUAGCACAUCUCUGAUCACAAUAGUUUCUUUUCCUGAAACCUUUGUUUUGUGACACAUUUGUAUCUUUCUGAAUUUCUUGAUUAUUCAUGCUGUCUUAUAUGUAUGUCUUUUCAAUAUGGGUAAAUUGAGAUCACAUAGGAAGCUGGAUAAGCGCUUAAUAGCCAAAAUGUGGUGAAGCUGCAUGUAUGACCAUCAUACACAGUCAACUUGAAUGGUGUUUGAUUGAUGGAUGCAGAUUUGUUUUUAUAUUUUGUUUUCAAAAAGUAAUGCAGAAGACUUAACCAUUGGGUUAACAUACAGGGAGUUUGACUUUAUAGUCUAUACCCAUGUUCUGAAGGCAGAAUUUAGCUUUAGAGUCUACACUGUACCCAAACUGGAUCCCUGAAUUAACUAAGGAAGUGGGCUACUGCAACCUAUGUAAUACCAUCAAAACCUACAAAAAUGAAAAAGAUAGGGAAGAAAAUAGAUUUUUUUUUCAUUCCUAAUACAAAAUGGAAGAAAAAAAUUCCAACAAAGAUCUUGAGAGGAUUGAGGUUGCUGCUAAGGAAACCAAUUUAGGUUGUCUUUUUGAAAGAAACCACUGACUCAAGUGAGAUUGAGGGCACACAUUUGGUCUUUCAUUUCCUCAUUAUUUCUAUUCUGUGAAGAAUAUAAAUGACAAGACACACCCUUUUUAUAGCACUCUUCAGGCUUACAUUUCUCAAACAUGUCAGCUUUUCCAUUGCUAGAAAGUCCCAUAGUUUUAUUCAAUGGUGUCUUGGUGUCUUGAAUGGUUAAAUGUAGAUAGUGUUUAAAAAAAACAACUUAAGAAAAUAAGAUCAGAAGCCACACAUGCCUGGGCUAAAUAAAGCAUUUCACUAGUAAUCUAAUCUAUAGUAGGAGAAGGUUCUGCAGCUGUGAAAUACUGGCAUCUUUUAAAAUCUAGAUUUCUGUAUCAGGAAAAAAUGCAUACCCUGUGGUGUUACUCAUGAGAUUUAAGGUUCUAUUUCUUGAAGAUUUUGUAAUGUCUAUAAUUAGGUGCUGGUGAAUCACAUUGCUGUAGUGUUUCAUAGUUUAUUUCUGGGAGGUUAAGCUCCAACAGACAAAAAAAAAAAAAAAAAAGAACAAUGCUGAGGCCUCCUGUACUUUGUUAGAGGAGAAGUUUGCUCAAACGCACGAAUUCAAUCUCUACUAAAACCCUUUGUUCAUGCUCAUCUGUUUUGGCCAAGUAAAAUGAGUCUCCAAGGGAAUUUUGUCAAGUUGUAGCAGGUUUAGCAGUGGUGCAUCUGUAAUAAACUAUACAACCCUAGGGUGGCUCUGUAUUAACUUCACCGUGGCAAUAAAUAAAAUUUAAAGUGAACAAAAUGAAAACUGUGUUUGCCUUCUGUUUCCUAGGUCUAAAGAAGCUUCUGAUCUUCCAAAUGUUGGAAAACUCAGAAAAUUGGAGUACUUAUUUUUAAAGGUAGUGAUACUAAAAUUGAGCUGGAUGUUCAGUGUGUGCUCAGCAUGACCUUUUCAGUUGUGGUUGUUCAUGUACAUAUUCUUAACUUGUAGAAGCACUGUUGACUCAAUCUCAAAACAGAACAGAUGGGUAGUCAACCCUAGAAGCUCAGUUUUGAGGUCACAAUCCUUUAGACAUCACAAUUAAUUUUGUAUUUUGAAGCACCAAAACCACACACUUUAAAAAAAAAAAAAAAAAGUCCCUCAGAACUAUUUUUACUGAAGUUCACUUGUUGCCAAGCUCUAGGAGAAGAAAGGUAGAGAGAAUGGGAGACUUUAGCCUGAAGCUUUAAAACUACAAAAACUUGGAAAUCUGUUUGCUCAAGUUUUUUUCCAGUUGGAAAAUCAGAGACUCUCUUUUUCAUAUGAAACAGCCAUAUAAUUUAAGAAAAGGUUGCACUCUAUGUAGACCAAACAAAUUUAGACAAACUUAGACAUUUUAAUUUUAAUUUUUCCCUAGCUGCAUGAGGAGAGUAGCCUGACAUUAGUAUGGGUAUUUUAGAAGCUAUGAGUUAGCAUGGUCACAAGGGGCAUGGGUUGGAAUAUUGUAGAGGUCUUGCUUGAUGUAUGGAUUCCUUGAAUGGUUUGUUAUUUUGGGGCUUUUUGGUUUUGGUUUAUUUAAAACUUUGCUUUAGUAGUUCAGAAGCUUCCUAUUCUACUUUUGAUUUUGUUGACUUGGUAACAAAAAAAAUAAAUAAAUCUUGCUGUCACAAUAUCUGGAAAUAAAAUCGAUUGUGUGUUUACUAAAAAAUCGGAAUGUAGCAGACAGUGUUCGUAUGUUGCCUAUGCUGCCUCGUGAUGGACAAUUGUGCAAAUCUUUCUUUAUCUCCUUUAUUUGGUGCAUGUCUCAAUGAAGUAUCAACCUCUGCACUGAAAAUGUGCUCUUUUUUGCUUGCUGAUAGAUGGGUCUCUCUCAGUUCCAAUCCCUUGUUGACAAGGAAAAAAAUAAAGAUGUAUCACAUUUCAGUUUCUUUGGAUAGUUUAGCCCAAACUACAAGUUUCUGAUUUCUUCCUUCAUACAGUGCCUGAAUUUUAAAGAGAAAUGUGUAAAUAGUAAGGCAAACUGCCUCACAAAAUACGAUUCAUUGUGAUUUCGGUACAUGCCUUGGUGAAAACAUCAAAUUGAAGGCCAUUCAACUGUACCUGAGGCUGUUUGUUCCUUUCAUCUUCUGUGAGAUUAACCUCUUCCCUGACUCAGUGCUGCUUUUGUGGGAGAGGCCCUAGUGACAUUAAAGCUAGAACCCAUUAGAAAGGGUCUUUUGUCAUUUUUUUAACAUCAGUAGCUUUUACUGAUCUCAUAACCCUUUAAUUUGCUUUGUAGCAGAACAAGGAGACUGUGGUUCGAGUUCAUCUAGACAACAGCUAGCAUCCUUGAGAAUAACUUCAGAAAGUGCCACAAUAUUAAAGAACUGUAACUUUAUAUAAUAUAGAUGCUCUAACUAUGCACUGCUGAAGCCCUUGGGUUUAUCUUGUUCAGAACCUCAAUUUUUCUUCCGUCAGGGUUUUGUUUUGUAAACCAGUCUAAAUGUUCCCAAAAGACACACAGUGGCAAGCCUUUUGUUACGUUCUUUCUAAAGCGACUGAAGUUUUAAGGAAAGAGAUUUUUGUUUUUCCUCUCUUCCACACAAUGGAGCUUUCAGAGAACCUCUUUUAAAAGGAAUAGCUCCAGCCUUUGUGUUGAAGGGUGUGUCUGUUGGCAAAGUUUGCUGAAGCAGACAGGCUGGCUGGUGAUUAACAAAGGUCAUUAGACUUUGGAAUCUGGCACGCAGAGUCAGAUGGUAUGUCUUCUGUGCAUAGAAGGACAACUCUCAAGAGGCUGAGGCAUUCUGGAGGGUUCCUUCCCCCCAUACCCCUCCCCCUGUUUAAGAGGGCUACUUCAGUCUGUAGGACAGUUUGGACAAGUGUCUGGCUUCAGUAAUACUGUUGUGCUGGAACUAAUCAGCACAUUUAUCAUUCAUGGGAUAAAAGAACCUUCAGAGAUCUUUGCAAAUGAUCAGUGAGGGAGCAAAGGGCUGGUUUUGACAGUGCAUGGGAACAGCAAAUUCUCUGUUGAAAAAGAAUUUCCUGAUGUAAAAUAUAUCCAGGACCAUGGAGGUGCUGCAGUGCGAUGGCUGUGAUUUUCGAGCUCCAUCCUAUGAAGACCUUAAAGCUCACAUUCAAGAUGUUCACACUGCUUUUUUGCAGCCAACAGAUGUUUCUGAGGAAAGUCCUAGCCAGCCAAGGUCUGGGUCCAUGAAUGCUAGCAACCAGACAGAGGUCGAAUUUUCUUCUGUAAAGGAUGAAUUUACAAUUGCAGAUGAAAUUGCAGGGCAAAAUGCAGCUCAAAUGGGGACUGGAAGUUAUUAUAGCCAUAGCCAGAGUUUUUAUAGCCAGCACAUGGCCCCAAAUCCUAAACCAACAAACAAGUUUUUCCAGUGCAAAUUCUGUGUGCGUUACUUCAGAUCCAAAAACCUUCUCAUAGAACAUACCCGAAAAGUGCAUGGCACACAAGCUGGAGGGAGCUCGGUGGGACCGCCUGCUGCUGGAUCGUUAAAUUACAACAUCAUGAUGCAUGAGGGGUUUGGCAAAGUUUUCUCUUGCCAGUUCUGCACCUACAAAUCGCCACGGCGUGCAAGGAUUAUUAAGCACCAGAAAAUGUAUCACAAAAAUAAUCUAAAGGAGAGUUCAACUCCCACUACUGCCACAGCUGCCAUAUCUGAAUCUGCAUCUGCAUCCGUGCCGGUGCAGGAAUCCUGCAAGGAGCUGCCUGCUGAAGUAGUAGAGCGUAGCAUCUUGGAAUCCAUGGUCAAGCCUUUAACAAAGUCUAGGGGCAACUUUUGCUGCGAAUGGUGUAGCUAUCAGACCCCUCGAAGGGAACGCUGGUGUGACCACAUGAUGAAGAAGCAUCGCAGCAUGGUAAAAAUACUGUCAAGCCUGAGACAGCAACAGGAUGGAACCGGUUUGCCUGAUGUGCAGAACAAAAGUGCACCGAACUCUGCCCCAAACUCCAACUAUAUCUCUAUGAAUGCUACAGGACGUGAGAUGCCGAAUGCCAACGUCUCAAACUUCAGAGGCUCUAUGAGUAACUCCCUUAUCAGACCCAAUUCUUCUACAUCUUCAAAGUUUUCUUCUGUGUCUUAUCCUCAAAUGAAGCCUAAGUCACCUCAUAACUCUGGUAUGGUUAAUUUGUCCGACAGAUCCCGCUAUGGAAUAGCUGACAUGACAAAUUCUUCUGCUGACCUGGAAACUAAUAGUAUGCUAAAUGACUCUAGCUCUGAUGAAGAGCUAAAUGAAAUAGACAGUGAGAAUGGCUUGAACUCCAUGGAUCACCAGACCUCAGGAAUGUCUGCAGAGCAGCUGAUGGGAUCUGAUGGUAACAAAUUAUUGGAAACAAAGGGGAUACCCUUUAGAAGAUACAUGAACAGGUUCCAGUGUCCUUUUUGCCCUUUCCUCACUAUGCACCGCCGAAGCAUCUCCCGCCAUAUUGAGAACAUCCACCUCUCUGGGAAGACGGCUGUAUACAAGUGCGAUGAAUGUCCUUUCACUUGUAAGAGUUCAUUAAAACUUGGAGCUCAUAAACAAUGUCAUACAGGUACAACAUCAGACUGGGAGGCUGUGAAUUCCCAGAGUGAAAGCAUAGCCUCCUCUCUGAAUGAAAGCACAGUGUCUUAUGAAAGCGGAAAUAUAAAUGGCAGGAAGUCAGGGGGAAUGAUGGAAUCUGUGCAGCAGCAACAGCAGCAGUCACCUCAACCCCACUCGCAGCACCCCUAUAAAUGCACGCUGUGCAACUACUCCACAACUACUUUGAAAGGUCUCCGAGUUCAUCAACAACACAAGCAUUCUUUUUGUGAUAACUUGCCAAAAUACGAGGGACCGUCAUCCAAUGCUCCGCAAGAGAGUGAGGCGGAUGCCCAUGCUGCCUCCAGCACUGUGAAGAAAAGCCAGACCUCAAUCCUUGGGUUAUCAUCUAAAAAUAACUUUGUAGCUAAGACCUCUCGAAAACUGACAAAUGACUUUCCCCUAGAUCUAUCACCUGUGAAGAAGCGAACUAGAAUCGAUGAAAUAGCGAGCAACCUACAGAGCAAAAUUAACCAAAACAAGCAACAAGAAGAUGCAGUGAUUAACGUAGAGGAUGACGAAGAGGAGGAGGAAGACAAUGAAGUGGAGAUAGAAGUAGAAUUGGACAAGGAAGAAGAACAAACAGAGCCAUUGAUGGAGGUGUCUAGUUCCUAUGCACCCCAGCAAAUGUGGGGAAGAGAUACUAAUGAUUCUCAGAAGGAGACUAGUUUCAGGAAUAUACCACAUGAUUAUAAUUCCACCAACGGGGCAGAAAUUGAGCUAACUUUAUCUGAAGAUGAGGAAGAUUAUUAUUGCUCUUCUGUCAACAUGAAGGAUCAUCAAGGGCCUAAUGCAUCUCUUCUGGGCAGCCAGUCGAGUAUGUAUGAUCAAAACAGUGAAAAUGCAGAGUUUAAUGAUUCCGGGCGGCUUUAUUAUUGCAAACACUGUGACUUUAGCAACAAAUCUGCGAGGAGUGUUAGCACCCACUACCAACGGAUGCAUCCUUACAUUAAGUUCAGCUUUAGGUAUAUAUUGGACCCUAACGAUCACAGUGCUGUGUACAGAUGCCUUGAAUGUUACAUUGACUACACCAACUUUGAAGACCUGCAGCAGCAUUAUGGUGAGCAUCAUCCUGAAGCUAUGAAUGUACUCAACUUUGAUCAUUCUGAUCUGAUCUACCGCUGCCGCUUUUGUUCUUACACUAGCCCAAACGUUAGAAGCUUGAUGCCACACUACCAAAGAAUGCACCCAACUGUUAAAAUUAACAAUGCAAUGAUAUUUUCAAGCUAUGUAGUCGAGCAGCAAGAAGGGUUAAAUGCAGAGUCGCAAACACUGAGAGAGAUCUUGAAUUCUGCUCCCAAGACCAUGGCAACUUCCACCCCGGUGGCCCGCGGGGCUGGAGUUCCUGCUACAUUUAACAAAAAUGCUUCAAAGAGUUUUAGUCCAGAAUGUGAAAAUCAGAAAGAGCCUUCAGUUAAUAGCGUUGUGGUAUAUGACUGUGAUGUGUGUUCGUUUGCAAGCCCUAACAUGCAUUCUGUUCUGGUGCAUUAUCAGAAAAAACACCCUGAAGAAAAGGCUUCAUAUUUCAGGAUUCAGAAGACCAUGCGGGUGGUGUCUGUCGACAGGGGUUCUGCCCUGGCUCAACUGUCCUUUGAGCUGGGAACUUCCAUCUCCCCAAAACUCUCCAACAUGGCUUCACAGCCACCACCUCCCCCACCACCACCACCAGACCUCACCACUGAACUCUACUACUGCAAGCACUGUUCAUAUAGCAACCGCUCGGUGGUGGGAGUGCUCGUCCACUAUCAGAAAAGGCAUCCAGAAAUAAAGGUCACUGCGAAAUACAUUAGACAGACGCCCCCCACAGCAGCAAUGAUGAGGGGUGGUGAAAUGCCACCUGGCAUUCAGAGGCCACCAGCGUCUAUGCAGCUGAACAGGGGCAGCUCUGAGAGCUCUGUGGCUCCCCUUGAGAAUGAAAUGUUCUUCUGUCAGCAUUGUGACUAUGGAAAUCGGACCGUUAAAGGUGUGCUCAUUCAUUAUCAAAAGAAGCAUCGUGACUUCAAAGCCAAUGCAGAUGUGAUCAGACAGCACACAGCCACAAUUAGGAGCCUUUGCGAUCGUGGCCAGAAAAAAUUGUCCAGCAGCAUGCCUGCGCCCACUUCCAAUGCAGAGCGGGACAAGGCUAAACUAAGAGCUCUCAAAUGCCGGCAGUGUUCCUACACGUCGCCUUAUUUUUAUGCACUGAGGAAGCAUAUUAAGAAAGACCAUCCAAGUCUGAAGGCCACAGUUACAUCCAUUUUACGAUGGGCAUUUUUGGAUGGCUUAAUAGAAGCUGGUUAUCACUGUGAAUGGUGUAUUUAUUCACACACAGAGCCUAGCGGUUUGCUCGUGCAUUACCAAAGGAGACAUCCUGAGCAUUAUGUUGACUAUACAUACAUGGCCACUAAACUCUGGGCAGGUCCAGAUCCUUCCCCUCCAGCCCUAGUGAUGCCGUCAGAGGCAAAAACCUAUAAAUGCAGAGACUGCAUUUUUGAAGCAUCUUCCAUUUGGGAUAUUACUAAUCACUAUCAGGCUUUUCAUCCUUGGGCCAUGAAUGGGGAUGAAUCUGUGUUGCUGGAUAUCAUCAAGGAGAAAGAUGCUGCUGAGAAAGCUGGCAUCCAGUCUGAUGAAGUUGGGACUAGGGUUAAUUCUGAAGACCAGAUAACCACAUCACAGAUGGAACAGGACGUGGACUGUACAGAAGACUCCAGCCUCCCCCAAGAAAAAAAUGUGCAGCUGGCCUCUGCAAACCCUGCAAUAUCCUCCACGCCGUAUCAGUGCACAGUAUGCCAGUCUGAAUACAAUAACUUGCACGGCCUCCUGACACAUUAUGGCAAAAAACAUCCUGGCAUGAAAGUUAAAGCUGCAGAUUUUGCACAGGACAUAGACAUUAACCCAGGAGCCGUGUACAAGUGCAGGCAUUGUCCUUACAUUAAUACGCGCAUCCACGGUGUCCUUACACACUACCAGAAACGGCAUCCGUCAAUAAAGGUCACCGCUGAGGAUUUUGUGCAUGACGUGGAGCAGUCUAAUGACAUGUCCCAGAAUGAUGUGGAAGAAACAAGUAGGAUUUUCAAGCAAGGGUAUGGUGCUUACAGAUGCAAAUUAUGCCCUUAUACCCAUGGCACUUUGGAAAAGCUUAAAAUUCACUAUGAAAAAUACCACAACCAACCUGAAUUUGAUGUGUUUGCGCAGUCACCACCAAAGGUGUCUGCCUCCUUGGAGCCGGAGAGUACCCCUGAAAUAAAGGCUUCUCCGGAAAUUGUUGUUGAGGACAUCGGAGAAGUCACCGUGCCAGCUUCUCAUUUCUCUAGCUCUCAUCUCGUGUCUCACACAGUGUUCCGCUGCCAGCUGUGCAAAUAUUUCUGCUCCACCCGGAAGGGGAUAGCCAGGCACUACCGCAUCAAACACAACAAUGUCCGGGCACAGCCAGAAGGCAAAAACAACCUCUUCAAAUGUGCUUUGUGUUCCUACACAAACCCCAUCCGCAAAGGGCUUGCAGCACACUACCAGAAACGGCACGACAUUGAUGCUUAUUACACUCAUUGCCUGGCAGCCUCCAGGACGGUAAGUGACAAGCCCAGUAAAGUGAUCAUUCCGUCUCCUCCCAAAGACACCUCUCCUCAGUUGAGCGAGGAGCUGAGGAGGGCAGUGGAAAAGAAAAAGUGCUCACUUUGUUCCUUCCAGUCCUUUAGCAAAAAAGGCAUCGUGUCCCACUACAUGAAGCGCCACCCUGGUGUUUUCCCUAAGAAGCAGCAUGCGAGCAAGCUGGGGGGCUACUUUACUGCUGUGUAUGCUGACGAGCAUGAAAAGCAGAUUCUAGGAGAGGAGAGAAAUGAUUUUGAAAAGUCUGAGGUGGAGAAUGAGGCUCAGGAAAUCGAGUGGCUUCCUUUCAGGUGUAUAAAAUGUUUCAAACUGUCCUUCAGCACAGCCGAGCUGCUGUGUAUGCAUUACACUGACCACCACAGCAAGGAUUUGAAGAGAGACUUUACCAUACUGGGGUGUGGCACCCGCUCUCAGAGCUCUGCCUACCAGUGCAAGCACUGUGAUAGUAAACUGCACAGCGUGGCAGAACUGACCUCACAUUUGAACAGUCACAAUGAGGAAUUCCAGAAGCGUGCCAAACGUCAAGAGAGGAGGAAACAGCUUUUGAGCAAGCAGAAAUAUGCAGAUGGUGCUUUUGCAGAUUUCAAACAAGAGAGGACAUUUGGUCACUUGGAAGAUGUAUCAAAAUUUAAGGAGAGGAAAGUGGUUGGAUACAAAUGUAAAUUUUGCGUGGAAGUUCAUCCCACCCUUCGAGCCAUCUGUAAUCACCUUCGCAAGCAUGUUCAGUAUGGGAAUGUCUCGUCUGUGACAGCUACCGUAAAGCAGGAAGCGGAAGAUUCUUCAAACACAACUUUGGAGGGUUUUGAGGGAGCAAAAGACCAUGGCAUGGUGGAAUUUACAGAAGCUGAAUCUGGAGCAUCCUUGGAAGAUGAAACCAGGCCUGGGGGCUACCACUGCAGCCAGUGUGACCGGGUUUUGAUGUCUAUGCAGGGUCUGCGAUCUCAUGAGAGAAGUCAUUUGGCUCUGGCCAUGUUUACCCGUGAAGACAAGUACAGCUGCCAGUAUUGCUCCUUUGUCUCUGCUUUCAGGCACAAUUUGGAUCGCCAUAUGCAGACUCACCACGGACACCAUAAACCAUUCCGUUGCAAACUCUGCCCAUUCAAGUCUUCCUAUAAUAGCCGCCUGAAAACUCAUAUACUCAAAGCUCAUGCUGGUGAACAUGCCUACAAAUGCUCCUCCUGCUCAUUUUCCACCAUGACAAUCAGCCAGCUGAAAGAGCACUCCUUGAAAGUGCAUGGGAAAGCACUGACACUACCAAGACCCCGCAUUGUCAGCCUUGUAGCCUCACUCGCCCAACACGCCUCCAAGAACCACACUCCUGCUGAAGAAGUGGAGGACUCUAAUGAUUCUUCAUACUCCGAACCUCCUGACGUUCAGCAGCAGCUGAACCACUACCAGUCAGCAGCUCUGGCCAGGAACAACAACAACACUAGCCCCCUCCCAAUCUCUGGGGCGGCUGCAGGAGCUGAACAGAAAACUGAAGCCACCCUAAACUGUGAAUUUUGUGAAUUCUCCUCGGGUUACAUUCAGAGCAUUCGGCGUCACUACCGUGACAAACAUGGAGGGAAGAAGCUCUUCAAGUGCAAAGAUUGUUCCUUUUAUACAGGCUUUAAAUCUGCUUUUACUAUGCAUGUGGAAGCUGGGCAUUCAGCAGUUCCUGAGGAAGGACCCAAAGACCUUCGCUGUCCUCUUUGCCUGUACCACACCAAAUACAAACGUAACAUGAUUGACCAUAUAGUCCUGCACAGAGAAGAGCGAGUUGUUCCCAUUGAAGUCUGCCGAUCCAAACUGUCAAAAUACUUGCAAGGAGUAGUUUUCCGCUGUGAUAAGUGUACCUUCACCUGCUCCAGUGAUGAGAGCUUACAGCAGCACAUAGAGAAGCACAAUGAACUGAAACCUUACAAAUGCCAACUCUGCUACUAUGAGACCAAACACACGGAGGAGCUGGACACUCAUCUUCGAGAUGAGCAUAAAGUGAGUCGUAAUUUUGAGCUGGUUGGACGGGUUAACUUGGAUCAGCUGGAACAAAUGAAAGGGAAAACCGAGAGCUCCAGCAGUGAUGAGGAAGAAAAGGAAGAGGAGAUGAGCCCCAAGACUGAAGAGAGAGAUUCCAUGAUGUUCUCUGACAGUGGCGCUCCUGAGAAGCGUUUUCCAUGUGAGUUUUGUGGGAGGUCAUUUACAGAGGGCUCUGAGUGGGAACGGCACGUACUGAGACAUGGCAUGGCCCUGAAUGAAAGUAAGCGAGGGACCAGGGAAGAUGAACAGCCGAAGGAGAACGCAGAGGAGGAUGUUAAGGUACCAUCAGCAGAAGAAAAGGAAAGCAGUGAGGAAAUGGUGGACUUUUCCCACAAGAAUGAAACUGCAGUCCUUGGUGUGGCUGCCGAUAAAUCUCUCCAAGAGAACACAGAGGCCAAAAACGAAUAAGCAUUUGGUGUGAUUUUAAUUAACCUACUUGAACAGUGAUGAAAGGGGUGGGGGGUGGGCUGAAGGAAGAAACAAAGCUGCUUUUAGGACUGAAUGAUCUAUUUUCAAAGCACUGGUACCUGUGUGAGUGUGUGUAUAUUAAAGUUAUUUAAAUGAUGGAAUAAGUGGCUCCAUUACAUCACUGCAUCUUUUCUUCUGGAUUUUGACAAUGGGAAGUUACAUUCAUCUUGGACUAACGAAGCAACUUCCCAGGUUCCUACAUUACACAAUGUGCUUUGCAAUGGAGACUUGGAUUGUUUGAGAACAGACGCGUCGUGAGCGUGGAAGAAGGGGGGACAACUUUUUGACGCACAAAUUUCAGUGCGUUUUUCUAGUUUUAAUACAGUACACUUUUCCAGACUGAAUGCAACUGCUUUAGAAAAGAAAAGAAAGGAUUUAAAAAAAAAACUGCUUUGCAUAAAACAGUCACCUGUUUCUUAGUACCUCAAAAUUAACCAAGGGAAAUCUCUGCAUUUGUCAGUACUACCUGUUGUCGUUGUGGUUAAAUGUAGAGACUGCUGGCUGAGGUGGUGAAUGGAGGAAGAAAAAAAGAAGUUUUAAAGAAAGGAAAACAAAUUGUGCUUAAAAUCCCAGUGUGGGUUUUAUUUCUUAAAAUACUGUGAUUUUUUAAUUAUUUUAGUAAAAAAAAAUACAAAAAAAAAGAGAGAGAGACUUUAAUUCCUAGAUAACUGUUUGUGAAUUGUCAUCCUUUAUUCCAGGUAAGCUGUUUGUUAGUAUUCAACUAUAAUUUUAGGGUUUGAUAGAUUCAUGUGACUGAUUGUGCGGUUUUGUUUGCCACAUGUUUGUUUUCUAUCUGCCUGAGGUGUUACAAAUACAGCACAAUUAAGUUUCUCAUGUAAAAUUAUUUCUUUUUCAGUGGGGGGGAAAAGGGGAAAGGAGACUUGUUCUUGCGAACAAAUUUUUUUUAAACAUAUGGAAAUAACAAAGAAGUUUAACUUUUUUUAAAAAUUUAAACUAAAGAACCAAACUUACGGCACAGCUAUGCAGCUUGUGGACCAGCCACUUAGGUCCUCAUAACCAUUCUGUUGCUUGUCAAAUUAACAUUGAUCAGUCUCACGCCAGUAACUUUUCGUUAAGAUUGGCUGCCUUUUUGUAUGUGGUGUGUGGUUUUUUCUUUUUGUUUUUGUGCGGUGGGGAGGUGGGAGGGGGUCUCUGAUAACACGUGUUUUUGCAAGGGAAGGUGAAAUAGUUACAUACUACAUGGAGCUUGAAUCUAACUCGAGUCAAGACAGGAGUUGCUAUUUUUCCCUCCUCCUUAGCAUGAGGGGAGCAGCAUAGAAUAAAUAGGAAUCUACACCCACGGGGAAGGAUCCUGCACUCUUUAAUUCCCCCCGCCCUUUGGUGAAAUGCCCACUGACGUCUAUGGGAGUUUAGCCUGAGUAAGGAGUGCAGAAUCCAGGUCCAUGGUAUGUUCUGACCAUGAACAAAAAAGAGUUUCUUUCCAAAAAGUAGAAAAUACUUGACUGAAACCUAGUUUUAGAAAUGCAUGUGUCUCUUCGUUUGUUUUUUUGUUUUUGGGGGGAUGUAUUGGGAGGGAGGGGAAAAGACAGGAAGCUAGUGAGAAGACAGCAUCCCACAAAGCUUCACAUAAAAUUGAUGGCAAAAAUGUUGCAUUUGUGGAAUAAGUGCUACUUGAAAAGCAUGGUGUUUUUGCUUUUAAGGAUUCAUCCUCUGAGGGGUUUCUUUGGAGGUGGGAGGGAGCAUCAUGUGGAAAACACAGCAGAGGGACAAGUAUAAAUACACAUUUUGUGUCUGUAUUUGUUUUUUUAAUUGGCCUCAUUUCAAAUGUAUUUAAACAGUUCCAUACCUGGAUUGGGUGUUUGUAAUGGUUACCAAAAACGAAAAAGAAAAAAAAAUGAAAUAAAUGAUUGUGACAUGCUUUUAUCACUACUUUAUUUUUCAAAUAACAUGUAAAUAUUGUAAUCCAUUGGAUUUUGUUUUGCUAACCUGUUAAUAAAAAUAUGGGACCAUUAUCCUUUUAACAAGCCUAGAAUGUCAUAUAUUUCUUUUUUUCUCUCCCCCCCCGACCCCCUUCCAAUGUAUACCUGAUAUAUUGUGGACACCACAUUUUAGAUGCAUUAUUAUGAAUUCUGUUAACUGUAAUGAUGACAUAGAAUUGAAAAUAACAUUUUUUUUCAUUGUUUAAUUUAUACAGAGGACUUUUUCAGAGUUUGACAGAAGGAAAUAAAUAGCAAAAUGCUAA